AUGCCAAAAUUUCCUCUAGAAGAGUGGAAACUACCACACAAGCAUCGUUUUUUAAUUUUUUGUCGUACUAAUCAUAAAGAAAAAAAAUUACAAAAGGAAAGAAUUAAAAGAAGAACUGAGGCUCAUAAAAAUAAAAAUGUAAUUGGGAAGCAUGUGGAUAAUACUAAAAAUAGUGAUAGUCUCAAUUCCAUUCAAAACUCCUUCAUGUCUUGGAGGAAAAAAAAAAUACAAAAUACAAAGAAGAGUGAAACUAGAAAUUUAAAAGUCAAAAAUCUUAAUACAGUUUCAAAAAAAGUGGGAGAAUCCAAUAAAUUAGAAAAUUAUGGAAAAUUUAAAGAGUCUUCAAGACCAUCUACAAGAGGUUCUGUUUGUAUUUCUCCUUUAGGUUUGGAUGAAGAGGGGGAAAAUUUUACAACUGCAAUAAUUGAUUCAACUGGAAACCAACAAAGCGAAAAAUCAGAUGUUCAAUUUUCCUCUUCUUCCAAGAAUCAAUUACCAUUAACACCUUCAAGUGUAUUAUCAACUACAACAAAUACCAGUGGUUUUGAUGAUUCAUGUGUUUUCAAUUCAGCAUCGAAUGGAAGCGAAUUAUUAUCUCGAGCAAGUAAGCUAAAAGGAGUUAGCGAUAAACUAAAUGAUAAACAAAAAAUAAAAGAAUUUAAAAAUAAACUCCAUAGUCAACUGCCAAAUAAUGGUAGGCAAUUUGAAAAUACUUUAACUUUUGGUAAUAUAUCAAGAAACAAUAGCGCAGAAAGUAUUAGCAGUCAAGAAGUUGAGCUUGUUAGCUAUUCUAGUCCUAAUUAUUCAAGUGAUUCGUAUGAAAGGCAGGAUUUCCAUAAUAAUGUAUCCGAAGAUGAUGAUGGCGGCUAUCAAAAAGUGGAAUGUAAUGAAGUUUCUGAUAACGAAGAACAAUUUCGAACUAUAAGAGGGAAAGGAUCACAAAGGAUACAACAAGAUAUAAAAAAAGAAGUUGAAAGGCAAAAUAAUGCAUUAGAAGGUCGAAGAAGUUCAAGGCCUAGUAGUAAUGUAUCUUCUUCCCAUAUGGAUUCCAAAGUAGACUGUGAUAGGGAUUCUUGUAUAAAUAGAAAAGAAAAGAGGAAGAAAAGAGAAACAAAAAAAAAGAAUCAUAAUUCUGAAUAUCAGAGAUCCAGGUCCUCAACAGCUGAGAGUAUGUUUAAGAGAGUUGGUAAAUCACUAUCGUCGUUAUUACUUUCUAGUAGACUAAGUGGCUGGUCUAACAAAUCAACAACUGAUUUAAAUAUUCAUUCAGAGAGGAAAACAAAAUCUGCAGGAACUGCUAUAGAUAAUAAAUAUUCAUCUGCUACUGAGUCUCUCGAGUCUCAGUUAAAUAUCCCAAUGGAUGGGUUAGUAACAGAUACUUCUAAUACAAGUCCUGAGGCUGAAGAGGAACGAAAAGUUUAUAAGAAAGCAAUGAAAUCCAAGUCUUCGCCAUAUGGUUCUACAGAGGGUUGUUUCAUUUAA